AAAUUAAACGAAAUGAAAAACAGCAAAAAAUAAAACAUUUAAGAAUGAAAUUAUAGACAGCAAACAAGAAAACUAUAGAAAAUCGCGUAAAUGACGCAGCAAGGAAACACAUCCGUUUCCACCUCCCCACCAGCAUUCGUUGUUGUUGUUCCUGUCUGACUGGCGCAUCUGUCGCAAAAUUUUAUAAAGUUUGCGUGACGUUUAAAGGUAAACAUGGCCAGCGAGCCAGAGAACAAGCCGCCUAUACUGCACAUUCUGGUCGUCGGCUUCCAUCACAAACUAGGCUGCCAGGUGGAGUUCUCUCAUCCGCCGCUAAUCGCCGGCUCAACUGGUCGCAACGAAUGCCCGUCCGGCUGGAAGUAUUUACCCACUUUGGCCCUACCGGAUGGCUCGCACAAUUUCAUGGAGGACACCGUAUUCUUCAAUCUGCCCAGUCUGUUCGAGCCAGCGGCAAGUAUUUACGGUGUAUCCUGUUAUCGCCAAAUCCCCGUGGAGAAGCUCAAAAUACGCACCGCGGACGUGACCCGCAGCACCGUACAAAAGUCAGUAUGCAUAUUGGCACGCCUACCCAUCUAUGGCUAUAUUGAGGUGAAGCUGGCGCUUAUCGCCGACGCCUUCUUUGACCAGGGCGACUUUAGCUGCACUGAGCUGCUCGUGAAGGCGUACCAGCAGUUGAAUGCCUGUCUACUGGACGAGGAGACGCACCGUCCGCUGCGCCAUUUUCAUGUGGGUCUCCCGCUGCGCGAGAUUGUGCUUCACUGGCGUCACAAGACGCUGAUGCUCUUCAAAUUGCUUCUGCUGCAGCGGCGAGUUGUCUGCUUUGGCUCCCCGGUGCGCGGCAUGUGCGUGCUUAUACUGGGCAUGGCCUCGCUGAUACCACGUUUGUUGGAGAAGGGCUUCCAGGAGGUGGCCUGUGUGCGCACCUCACGCCCACUCUCGCCGAUGCCUGAUUUUACAGACUCGCUGCAGCGCGAAGCAGAGGCCGAGGCCGAGGCUGAAGCCGAUGUCGUAGCGGAAGCGGAGGACCUAACGCUGGUUUCGUCGGCAGCCUCUGCUGGCUCACAGUGCUGCAACAGCAGCGGCAACACCUCGCCACAUACAACUCCAAACUCACAAUCACAGGACUCUAGCUGCCCGACUACGACGCCAACGCACCACGAGCUGCAGCGCGCUGACUCAACGGAAAGCGGCAGCCACGCCGGCGGCGGCAGCAAACGUAAUGGACGCAGCAGCUCAUUGACUCGCGAGGCAAGCGUCGACACCUUGGCCUCUAAUCUGGCCGCGCUCUGCGCCAUCAAUCCUAACGAUUAUCGAGCACCUGUCAGCAUUUUUGCAAGCGGAAACCUGUGCCUGCCCUACUUGUCGCUACCAUACAUGGACCUACUCAGCGAUCCAAUGGUGCUCUCCUAUAUCAUUGGCACCUCUAAUGUGCUGUUUCAGCAAAAGCGCCAGCUGGCUGAUGUGCUCGUCGAUAUCGAGGCGGCUAAUUUGGAUGCACACGAUCCGGAGCUGCGGCGCCAGCUGGUGCUCAGCACCGAGGACCUGCGCUUCAUGGACUAUAUACUGAAACACGUACAAACGCCCAAAGAGGAUGCCGAAGGCAGCGAAUAUUGGAUUCGUGAGCAGUUCCAGGGUUACAUAUUGGCGCUCCUCCGGACUGCGGUGGCACCUGUUUCCUUAGAUAUCAAGGACAAUGAUCACUUCAAUCCGCACUUCAUGAACGCUUUUAAGCGCACCCAAUGCUACCAGGAGUGGUUCGAUGUGCGGCCGGAUACCGAAUUUUUCGAUGCGCUGCCCGCUGGACAUCCAUUUGCAGGCACUCUGUCCGUGGCGGACAUGAAGCUGAAGCUGGCACAAACCAUGCAGAACAGCGAAAGCGGGCGAAAGAUUAAUCAGGCGGUCAAUAACACUAGCCGAGCCGUUGGCGGUGCCAUCUCGCAGGCCAAAGGGGCCUUCUCCAGCUGGUGGUCAUCUAUAACGACUGCACCCGCUAAUAGCACAGGCGGCACUGCCUCCGGCUCUGGUGCCAGCAGUGAUAGCAGUCAAGUCCACAGUCUGAGUCACAUUGACGAGGGUAUUGACGGCGCUGCGGCAUCGCAACAGCCGCAAGAGAUCUCAGUUACAUUCCAAAAUCACAAGGACGAGGCCGAGCUGGAUGUGGCUGGCGUCAGUAUACACAUGGCUAGCCAAAUAUGUGAGGAGAGUCUAGAAGAAGCGCACGAGUCAACUGAUAGCUCACCGCAAAAGUCGCAGGGCAUCGUCGAGAUUGGCAGAGAGGCGGAGCUGCUUGACAAGGUCAGCCAAGAGCAUGCAGCAACAACAACAACUCCAGCAACUACCCAAGCACAAUCUCAACCACUUCGUACCGGCUGUGGCGGUGAUCUGGCUAUUUCAAGCGGCACAGCUUCUGCUGUGGAACGCAACAAUGGCGAUGUUUUCAUAGUUUGAGCAACAAUCUCACAAAUGCAACAGACACAACCACCACCAACAACACACACACACACUCACACACCAAAUUCUGUAUAAAUUACCUAAGCUAAACUAUACAUACUUAUUUAUUACAA